GUUUUUGUCGAACGUCAUAAGUAGGAUUUUGUAAAAUAUAGAAGUUCAUGUAGAAGUUCACUGGCAUGAUAGAAUAGAACAGAAAGAUCCCCAAGUGGAAAUUCUGUUGUUACAGCAGCAAAGCACAACGAGUAAAGUGACCACCACCACAAUGCAAAUAAGAAAAAAAAGAACACGACCUGGCAAAAUAAGGCGCUUGACUUGAAUAAAAUAAACACUUUGGGGGUAUUUUAAAGAGGAAGACAGAGUAAUACAACUUUUUCAAAGAGCAGCUGGAAAAUAUCUCCAAAGAGUGACAGAACAUCUCCUAAAAUUUGGUAUCUUCCAUGCCAAGAAGUACUGAGUUGGCAUACACAAAGUACUGAAAAGAAUGGAAGCCUGAAUCUCAGUAAUGAAAAAUAUAGUGACUUCUGUUGUAUUAAGUUCCUACUGUGUGGCCUACAUGAGCAACAUUAAAAUGCUGCUUUGCAUGAAGAAUAUUAAUACAAUGAUAUGACAUAUAACUGUACAUCACUCACAGGGGAAUUAUUCUGUCUUGAGUAGUUUUACUGUUAACACUUUAAGGACAUUUUCUUGGCCAUACUUAGAUAUUUUUGCUUAUCUAACAUUUUACUUGCAAUACUUGUAACAGUGUAGUUUUAGUAUUUUACUUAAAUACAGGAUCCCCAACUAUGCUUACAGGUCAAUGCUCUGUGUCUUCCAAUAAUAAUUUAUACAACUGUCGGUUUUUGUCCUUUAUCGUCUUAUUAAUGAAAAAUUCUCAUUAUAGUAAUCUGUUGUCAUUGUGUCUACAUGUUUUGUUACACCGUUUAUGGCGCUGCAUGUGGGCAAAUGCAUAUCAAAAAACAAGACUGACUUGAAUUAUCUUGCACAACUGAAACCAGAGUUUUGAAUCUCCAACAUUUUGCAUUAAAAAUAAUCUGCUUUUAAGGCUCACCUGACAUUUUCACUAGUCAGACUAUCAUAAACAAACAAAUCACAUCUAUUUUUACGUGCCUCAUUGACAUGUUUGGUCUUUCAAUUCCACGAAAGCACCAGCAUUUAGUAGUGUACCAGUUCAGGUACACUACACUUCAGCCGAAAUGGCUCCAAAGUCUGCCAGAUGAUGUGCUCAUCAUUUCGUUCAGCUGAACUGAGUUGACUGUUGGUAUCACUGGGCCAUCAUUUUUUGUUCAACCAGGCUGUGGCUAAAAAAAAAAAAAAAAAAAAAAAAAAUACAGCUGAAGACACAGAUUCAGAGCUGGAUGGUCAGCGCUUUCAUGUGGCCUGUGAUCCUUUCAAGUCAAUCAUUAAACACAGGGUACACAACUCCAGUCAGUGUCCGGUCAGAUUUUUGCAACGCUGCCUCACUGCUGAGCUGGAGCACACUGAGCAGCUUUCCACAGGAAUCCACAGGUUUCAUAUCCCAUUGGCAGCUUUCACAGGAAGUUUCUGCUCAGACUCACUGAACUGUCAAUGGCCCGUGUUCUUUCCCUUUUCCGGCCUCUGCCUCUUCUGGCCCUCGUGGGCAGGAGAAAACCUGCAUUGUGCAAAAUGUCAAUGGACUCACGGGCACGUGAAGUUUUUGCAGCAGCCGUGGAGGCUGUGCAGCCAGACACUGUGGUCCGGCAAAGCAUAGAGCGCAAAGAAGACUCAGUCGUUAUUGACGGUCACAAAUUCACACUCAAACACAACCUGCACCUGGUGGGCUUUGGGAAGGCCGUGCUGGGAAUGGCUGCUGAGGCGGAGAGGAUCGUGGGUGAUCAUUUAGUAAAAGGAGUCAUAAGCGUGCCCCAUGGGAUUCAGCAGACGUUGCAGCAGCACGGGAAAGGCCAUCUGUUGUUAAAAGAAAACAGUCGCAUCAAAGUAAUGGAAGGAGCUAAACACAACUUGCCUGACGCUGACGCCCAGAAUGCAGCUGAAGGGAUCAGGCAGUUAGCCAGUGAGCUAACAGAGAGAGACCUGCUGCUGGUACUCAUUUCAGGUGGAGGCUCUGCACUACUACCUGCUCCAAUUCCACCAAUCUCACUGCAAGAGAAACUGGAUGUGACCCGCAAACUUGCAGCUGCUGGUGCCACUAUUCAAGAGCUGAACACUGUUCGUCGUGCCCUUUCUUUCUUAAAGGGUGGAGGUCUUGCACAUCAUGCUCACCCCGCGCAGGUGGUUGCUCUGAUACUGUCCGAUGUGAUUGGGGAUCCACUUGAUUUGAUAGCUAGUGGCCCCACAGUAAAGAGCAAAGUUUGGCCUGAGGAAAUUUUGUCCAUCCUUGAACGUUACAAGCUAUUGGACUCUCUACCAGCAUCAGUAAGGGAUGUCCUUGGAAGACCAGGGCCCCGGUGGAAAGAUAAUAAGGAUGAAUCUGAUACACCAGCACAUGUUCUCAAUGCCGUCAUUGGCUCUAACAGUGUUGCCCUUAAGUGUGCAGGUCGCCGUGCUCGAGAGCUCGGCUUCCGGCCCGUUGUGCUUUCACCGGGAGUGUGUGGCGAUGUGAAGUCUGUCUCUAGGCUUUAUGGCCUUCUGGCCCGCUUCGCCAGCUCUCGAGAAGAACCUCCUCCUGAGAUUGCCGCUGAGCUGCUGAGGCUGGGGCCUGAAGUCGGUGUAGAGACCUGGGACCUCUGCCGUACCAUGCAGGUCUUGGAUGAAAUGCGCAUGGAGGGAUGGGGUGCCACGUGUCUGUUAGCCGGAGGUGAGCCCACUGUGGAGCUGACAGGCAAAGGUCGAGGUGGUCGAAACCAGGAGCUGGCUCUGCGAGUGGGACUUGAGCUGGGAAGUCUGAAUCUCCCACCCAAUGGUCCCGUCUUCCUGAGUGGUGGCACUGAUGGUCAGGACGGACCCACUGAAGCAGCAGGGGCUAUUACUGAUGGAGGCUUGUGUGAUGAAGCACAAUCGCAGGGGUUGGACAUCAACAGCUGCCUUACCAACAAUGAUUCUUACACGUUUUUGUCUCGUCUUUCUGAUGGCAAACGUUUACUUGUACCCGGCCUAACCUGCACCAAUGUAAUGGAUGUGCACAUGCUACUUAUCCCAGCAGUACCCAUUAAUAUAAGAUAAUUCCAAAGAACACCAAAUCAAAUAAUCUAAUGGACUGGGACAGAUUCUUCCAGCCCUGGUGCUGGUCUCUUCAGCAGCUUAAAGGUAAAAUAUGAUGAUGAUGAUUUUGUUCAGUUCAUCUGAAAGGGACUGUGCAUCAUUUCAAACUUGUGCGAACACACAGCAGUACAUUGUCUGGUACUGCAAAGCUGUCUUUACCAUUAUGGUAGUAAUAAACAUAGUUAGUUUUAACAGCUGACCAUAGGAUGGCUCAUAAAAAGGAUUAAAUACCUGUUUGGACCUUU